UUCAACCAGUUCACAGCUGGGACCAGCACCGUCGCCUUACUGGUCGGGUUCAGUGCAGGGCAGGUCCAGCACCUCGACCUGGUGCAGAGGGACACCAGCCGGCUCUUCAACCAGGAGCGCCUGAUCGACAAGACCAAGGUCACCUUCAUCAAGUGGCUCCCCAGAACCGAGCGCCUCUUCCUCGCCUCCCACGCCAGCGGCCACCUCUACCUCUACGACUCCCAACAACCCUGUGGGUCCAACCCUCCUCAGUACAACCUCCUGACCAGGGGGGAAGGGUUCAGUGUCUUCUCCCCCAAGGGCAAAACCCCCCGGAACCCCCUCCUGAAGUGGGUGGUGGGUCAAGGGGCCCUCAACGAAUUCGCCUUCUCCCCCGACGGCCGCUGGUUGGCCUGUGUCAGCCAGGAUGGGUGUCUCAGGGUCUUCCACUUUGACUCCAUGUUGUUGAGGGGGAUGAUGAGGAGCUAUUUUGGGGGGCUCCUCUGUGUCUGCUGGAGCCCUGAUGGACGUUAUGUGGUGACGGGAGGUGAAGAUGAUCUGGUCACUGUCUGGUCCUUCCACCAAGGGCGGGUGGUGGCCCGAGGACACGGCCACAAAUCUUGGGUCAACACGGUGGCUUUUGAUCCUUUCACUGGGGCUUCUCACAACCUCCCAGACCCCCAGUUAAACCUGGGAGGGGGUGACCAAGACCCCCAAGACCCCCAGAACUCCCCAGACCCUCCCAUUUCCUACCGGUUUGGUUCAGCUGGGCAGGACACCCAGUUCUGCUUGUGGGACUUGACCGAGGACAUCUUAGACCCUCGACCUUCUUGUCCCCUCCCUAGGGACAUCCAACCCCCUCCAGGUUUACCCCGGUCCCUUUCCCGUUCCAACAGCCUCCCCCAACCUCCCGGGGGGGUGGGUUUAACUCGGGGACCCCCCCUUGAUGCCCCCCCGUUUCGUUUUGCCACUUGGAGCCUCCGGGAACAACCCAAGAGCCCUGAAAAGACCCAACAUCACAAACGUUACCACAGUUUGGGGAACAUCAGCCGGGGGGGGGACAAACCUGUCCCUCCUGCUGGCCCCUCGGAUGGUUCCUGGGGGGCAUUAGACUCUGCCAAAGUUUUGGGGACCUCGAUUUGUCCCCGGAUUCAUGAGGUGCCACUCCUGGAACCUUUGGUG